GUGCUACUGUAUAAGCCGCAUACCUUCUCCGCACUUUAAUCCUUUGUAACGUGUUCUCUGCAAGUAGUCAAAACCUCGUAAACAAAACUGCUUAAGAAAACCCAAUUUCCCCAAAUUAGGAAUCUCGAACACAAAAACAAAUUAUAAUCCAUUGUUUCUUUUUUCAGAAAAAUGAUUUUUUCGGAUCUUUCAAUAUUGCUAAAAAUUUCUGCUAACGACAAGGAAGAAGGCCUUCAAAUAUAUCUUGCUUGUUUGUACUCUUACUCGAACUGACUAUCGGGCUUUCGAAAAUUUUCAAUUUUUUUCUGAUACCCAGUUUCUUGUUUGUAAUGGAGAUAGAAGAGAUCAUGAUGGUUUUAUUGAGGGCAUCGCAGCUGAAUACUAAGAUAAACGAUGCAAUUGAGCGUGCAGUCAAAGUGGAUAUUAAUUUGAACAAGGAGAGAUUCGAACAGGGGACGUCAUCAAGUUGUGAAGGAGGGGCAGAGGCCAGAAAUCUCAUCUCCAUUAGAGAUGCUUUGGAGGCGCUAGAAGACCAGCUGGAAUGCUUUCAGGCUCUACAACAACAGCAGAAAGCUGAAAAGGAAGCAACCUUGACUGACCUUGAAGAAAGCAGGAAAGAACUCUUGGGGAAGUUGAGGGACUAUCAAGGGAGGGAAUGGGAAGUUGUUCACGAAGCUCUGGCAUUUGCAGGGGAGACACUGGAUGAGAGUGAUGAAAUACCUCUUCAAUCAUAUCAUAAACUACCGUCACCAAAUGCCUCAUUUUCUGUAACAGAUGGAAAGUCUGCAAUCUACUAUAAGAGUACAGACUGUUCUAGGGAGAUUGCUGCUUUGAAGCAACUUCCGUGGAAGGAGGAAAUGUAUGAACUAUGCAUUUCUGAGGAGAGUAAUGAUAGGCAAGCAGGUGAGGAAGUGAUUGGUAAUGAAAACAUGAAGAAGAGCAAUAAAGUGCCAAAGCAAAUUGUGGGCAUUGUAUGUAAUAGUAUUUCUAGAUUUAUAGGGACUCCAGUAGGUAAGUUCAUUAUAGUGGCAGCAAAAGCAGGAUUUGCAGCAGCUGGUUUGCUAGCCGUUCUGCAUUUAACAGAAACUGGGAUGAAAAAGAAAAGGAUGCAAGGUAUCACUGGAGCCCAUAAUCCUCCGCAGAAGUCCAUUUCCUCCCCACUGAGCGAGAAGACUCAGGAUAUAGUUCAAGAGAAAUGGCCUUCUGGAAAAUUUAGAAAUAUUGAUUAUGAUAUGGAAGAUUGUGUUCAAAAGGAACGCAGUGAUUUUCCAUCUGAUCAAGAAGGGGCAGUUCCUUAUGUGUUUUAUGGUCGUGGCUGAACAGAUAAUGGUUUGUCUGGACUUGCUUUUUUCAUAAAUUACUGACGAAUGCAAAUCAUUAAGCAUGAAGGUGAGACAUGGACAAGUUAAUAGGUAAGGUCAUUUGGGGCAAGGCAGCUUCAGUGUAUGAUGAAUGAUUUUUAUUUUCAGUUCCUGGGCUCAAAUCUGUUCCUUGCACUUGUCUGUUUAUGAACCAUGCUUUAUACCGGGUAUGCUGAGAGCAGGCUAUGCUAUGCUAUGUGUCAAAAAUACUAGAAUGGAUGGCAAGAACUUUUGGAGUGUGUACCUUGAGAUACCCAGACACUGGAUCUGGACCUGAAGCAUUUUGCAAUCACCCCAGUAAUGAUGCAAAGGCUGUUGUGCUUGAUCCAUGUUAUUUAAAAUAAUUUUAAUUUUAAUGGUGCCUAACGAGUUGCCCUUUUAAAAAGGACUAAGAUAGAAAAACCAUUUUAGGAAAAUAACAAAGUGCUGGGCAAUAAUAUCGUUUGUCCUACACAUAAAUUAAGCUGAUUUAGCAUUUGCA